GCUCCAAAUUACAGGAAGGCCAUCUCCUGACUAAUAUAGUGAGUUGCUUCUACCCAGCAUUCCCUGCGCUGUCCCACCUACAACAUGCUUCCUGGGAUUGCUGUUCUACCGACACAGAGUGAGCUGCACUAUUGCGCUGCUACCGGCAGAGGGAGCCUUCUUCCUUGCUAAGCGAGCUUGUGAAUGUGUGACUUCCCAACGUGCCAGGGAGUGGGAGUGAAGAUGGAUCGAUCCUGGAAGUAACUGCACUGCCUGUUACUCUUCUAUGUCACCCCCUCCCUCUCUAUCAGAGAUACACCAUCUGAGAGUCUCUGCCGCUCUGUGCACUGGAUCCUGUCCUCCUCUUGGCACAGACACAGGCAACUGGCAGCCUGCCCCUUAGUUGGCAGAGACUUGAUCCCUUCCUGGAUUUUGGAAAUUGCAAUGGAUGUCUGGGCACCCUGGCACAGAGCACAGGAUCCGUUCCUCUAUGAGUGCGGCACCGUGGAUCCCUUGCCCUGCUGUGUGUGAUUAUUGCACUGGAUGUUGCUAUUAUUAGAGCCUGGCACAGGGCACUGAUCCCAUGCUGGCAGCUUUUGGGCUAUGCACAUGUACCCAGAGCCAGCUGUGUGCUGCUGCUGCCUGCCAGUCACUUUGCACCUCCUGCUUGCUGCACUGUGUUGUCUCCAGCCCAUCAGCUCUGGGACAGGCAUAUGGGCACUAGCACUGGGCAUGGGAGUGACAGCUCUGUGCUUGCUCCGACUCAGUAGCUCUGGAUUUGGCCAUUACCCUGUAUAGCAGCUCUGAUACCCCCCUGGGCAGCCAAGCCAGCACCUGUCUGCCUCUCUCAUUGGACCCAUCGCUGCUUCUCUGUGACUGACUGCGCCUUGCACCCUCUCUCCAUAGAAGAUGGGCAGCUGCUGGGAAAGUUACGGGUGAAUGGAACAGCCCUGUCUCAUUCUAAGCCAAAUGUUCAACUAAACAUGGAAACACUGGAGUCAGAACUGACCUGUCCAAUCUGCCUGGAGUUAUUUGAGGACCCGCUGCUUCUCCCUUGUGCCCAUAGCUUGUGCUUCAGCUGUGCCCACCGUAUUCUCACUUCCGGAUGUGCUUCCAACGAAAUAGCGGAGCCAGUACCAGCUUUUCAGUGUCCGACUUGCAGAUAUGUUAUAUCUUUAAAUCACCGCGGUCUGGAAGGUUUAAAACGCAACGUUACCUUGCAGAACAUUAUUGAUCGCUUUCAGAAGGCUUCUUUAAGUGUUCCCAACUCUCCUAGUGACGAUCACAGGGAAAAAAUCUAUAGGACUGUCCCCAUUAUGGCCUCCGAAAGGAUCCCGUGCCAGUUCUGUGAGACAGAGCCACCAAGGGAUGCCGUGAAAACAUGUAUCACCUGUGAGGUGUCCUACUGUGAUCGGUGUUUGAGGGCAACUCACCCCAAUAAAAAGCCCUUUACCAGCCACAGACUGGUGGAACCAAUUCCAGACGGUCACUUUCGGGGCCUGGCUUGUCUAGAACAUGAAAAUGAGAAAGUCAAUAUGUACUGUACAGUAGACGAUCAGCUUAUCUGUGCCUUAUGCAAACUGGUUGGUAGGCACAGAGAGCACCAGGUGGCUUCUUUAAGUGACAGAUAUGAAAAACUCAAGCAAACCUUGGAAUCCAAUUUUCCCAUCUUGGUCAAGCACAGCAGUGAACUUGAAAGCCAGAUGACCAAACUCAUCCAGAUUUGCCAACAGGUUGAGGUAAACACCAGCAUGCAUGAAGCAAAACUGAAUGAAGAAUGUGACGAGCUAAUGGACAUCAUACAGAGAAGAAAGCAAAUGAUAGCAGUGAAAAUCAAAGAGACAAAAGUCAUGAAGUUAAGAAAACUUGCUCAACAAAUUGCCAAUUGUCGUCAACGUCUGGAACGAUCAACAGUACUAAUCAACCAAACAGAUCAUAUACUCAAGGAGAGCGAUCAUGCAAGGUUUCUGCAGGGAGCUAAAACUGUAGCAGAGAGAAUCUCCAUGACAGCAACCUCCUCUCAUGUUCUAAUGCCUGAUGUCAAUUUGAACGAUGCCUUUGAAAAUUUUGCUUUGGAUUUCUCCAGAGAGAAGAAAUUGCUUGAAGGUCUGGACUAUGUAACUGCUCCCAACCCUCCAUCCAUCAGAGAGGAGCUGUGCACUGCAUCCCAUGACACCAUAACUGUCCACUGGACAUCAGAUGAUGAAUUCAGUGUGGGCUCCUAUGAGCUCCAGUACACCAUUUAUACUGGGCAAGCCAACUUCAUCAGUCUGUACAGUUCCAUGGACAGCUGGAUGAUUGUACCUAACAUCAAGCAGAACCAUUACACUGUGCAUGGGCUCCAGAGUGGCACACGAUACAUCUUCCUGGUCAAAGCAAUUAACCAGGCUGGAAGCAGGCACAGUGAUCCUGCAAGGCUGAAGACUAACAGCCAGCCAUUUAAGCUGGAUCCUAAAUAUGCUCACAAGAAGCUGAAAAUAUCCAAUGAUGGAAUGCAGAUGGAGAAGGAGGAGAGCUCCCUAAAGAAGAGCCACACACCUGAGAGGUUCAGCGGAACUGGAUGUUAUGGCGCAACAGGGAAUGUCUUUAUUGACAGUGGAUGCCACUACUGGGAGGUGGCUGUAGGAAAUUCCACUUGGUAUGCAAUAGGAAUCGCCUAUAAAUCCGCUCCAAGGAAUGAGUGGGUUGGGAAGAAUACCUCCUCGUGGGUCUUCACUCGAUGCAACAAUAAUUUUCUUGUAAGACACAAUAACAAAGAAGCUCUUCUGGAUGUGAAUCCUCAGUUGAAACGUUUAGGUGUUCUCCUAGACUAUGAUAAUAAUACACUUUCCUUCUAUGAUCCAGCCAACUCCCUCCACCUGCACACCUUCCCCAUCUCCUUUAUUCUCCCUGUGUGCCCAACCUUCACUAUAUGGAACAAGUCUGUGUUGAUACUCUCAGGACUCCCUGCUCCGGAUUUUAUGGACUCCUUUAUGUCUCAGCCGCAAGAAACUAUAUCCAGACCUCAGGAGUCUCCCUAUGUUUCUGGGCUUAAGGGUUGCCAGUAAAUGAGACUUCUUCAUCCCCAAGGACCAACUUCAACAUGGCUCAUUCAGCAAAGGACUUGGAUGGGAAAUCUAGCCCCAGGGAACAAAUAUAUCUGUAGUUUGUUCAGUACAAAGACUUCUUCACUCUUCUUUUAAUUCAAGAUCAGAAAGUAGCUCUGUGUAUUUUCUUAUAUAAUGGCAAGCAGAAAGCAAAAAAAAAAAAAAAAAAUUACACUGUAUUUCUUCCAGGUAUUAUUUAUAUUAUUUCCAUACAAGCUGACCUUUAAAUAAACCUUUACUAUGUUAGAGAGAGACCUAUUAUAA